AUGACAAGAACACGACGAAUGGCUCAUCUUCAAGGCAUAGGCACGCUUGCUGCUGGUGUAGCACUCGGUGUUCUUGCUACCAGCACAUAUUUUCGUUUAUGGGAAGGUCAAACAUCGAAAGACAAGACUGCUUUGUUUCGCUACACACCUGACUUGUCAACACAAACUAUCCGCCGAUUGGAUUCUAAUUUUGCCGUAAGUUACGAUCGUCGAACGCGAAUACCACUAUGGACAGUUGAACAUUUGACACGUGAAACGAUCACUCCGGGUAAUAAUGUCGAUCGAGGGAAAGCAUUGUUUCGAGAAGACGAACAGAUACAUUCAUUUUUUCGUGCAACACUGCAAGAUUAUCGCGGUUCAGGUUUUGAUCGUGGCCAUAUGAUUCCUAGCGCAAAUCAUCGACAUUCACAAGAAAGUAUGAAUCGAACAUUUCUCCUGUCAAAUAUUGCACCACAGGUGGGCCAAGGAUUCAAUCGUGAUAAAUGGGCACAAUUGGAAACGUAUGCUCGGGCAUUGGUGAAACAUUAUCCGGGUGGUUUGUGGAUAUUUACCGGACCACUUUAUCUUCCUAGACUUGAUCCAGCGGAUAAUAAGCUAUAUGUCAAAUAUCAAGUAAUUGGUCCAAAUCAAAUUGCUGUUCCGACGCAUUUUUUCAAAAUUAUCAUCGCUCAACAAUCUAGCGGACUAUUAGAUAUUUACUCAUACUUAUUACCGAAUGAACCGAUCGAUAAGGCGUUGUCGCUCGAUGAGUUUCUCGUUGCGCCAGAACUCAUUGAGCAAAAUGCUGGUUUUCUAAUAACAACUGAUAAAAUUCAGAAGGAACAAAUACGUGCAAUCAAUAAACCAUGGAUUGACUUUAAAUAUAAUCUACCAACUCAUUCUCAACGACAGAGAACAUUACCACCACCAUCUGGUGCCUAA